AGCGCCUUGGAGGUCCGGUGGAUCUGUGUCUUGCUUCAACAGUGUUUGAACGGAACAGACCCGGGGAUUCCCACUGAACUCGCUUCCAGCCGCCUUACAAGUCUCUCCAGUCGCAGCCUCCGGGACCAUCUCCUUGCUGCCUUCGGCUCCUAAGACCAGUCUGCACCGUCUCUUCGCGAUUAGCUCCUACUCCGGAUCAGCCAUGACCUCUCAGAUUCGUCAGAAUUAUUCCACCGAGGUGGAAGCUGCCGUGAACCGCCUGGUCAACUUGCACCUGCGGGCCUCCUACACCUACCUCUCUCUGGGCUUCUUUUUUAAUCGGGAUGACGUGGCUCUGGAGGGCGUAGGCCACUUCUUCCGCGAAUUGGCCGAGGAGAAGCGCGAGGGAGCCGAGCGUCUCCUCGAGUUGCAGAACGAUCGCGGGGGCCGUGCACUCUUCCAGGAUGUGCAGAAACCAUCUCAAGAUGAAUGGGGUAAAACCCAGGAGGCCAUGGAAGCUGCCUUGGCCCUAGAGAAGAACCUGAACCAGGCCCUCUUGGAUCUGCAUCUCACCACCCAGUCCCAGGGUGAGGUAUACAUUGUACCCCAUGACCUCAGCUCUGCAUUCAUCUCAGAUCUCACACUGGUCAUGAAGUGGCUGAAGUCCCUGGAGAUUCAGGAACCCAGUGUAGCCACCAACACAAGAGAGCUGGUGCUGGCCUCCGCUUUCCUGCCAGAUACUCCUGCUGGCCUGCAUGGGCUCAACUGGGGUGGAAACGCUAUUUCUCUUUUUGCUAUCAUCAUCAUCACCACCACCAUCAUCACCAUCAUCAGUGAAGGUCGGCGUGAGGUCUCCCUGGACCUGAAACAGCCGCUGUUCAGGUCCUGA